AUGGCUGCCAGUGCUGGGCCUCGCGUUCGGCGCACGGCACAGAAUACACAGCACACAUACAACUUGAACCGCCGAGUACAUGCUGUUCAGACUUACCCUGUGUUGUCACCUCAAGGAGCGACAGUCAUACUCUACGGCCACGAGGAUGGCGUAACGAUCUUAUGGCGCGGAGGAAAACGAUUCAAGGAGUCCACUUAUAGCGAAAUAACACACGUGGCACACAACAAACAGAAUGGCAAUGCUGCGGCUGCGGCUGAUGCUGUCAUGAUCCUAGAUUCCGAUGAGGACGACACACCAUCGGGGCAAAAUGCCUUUGUCGACAAGCCAGAGUUUGAAGAAGCUGCCGAAGAUGACCAAGGUACUCAAUCUCAGAUUACCCAAACAUUGGACCUGUCCUUGGGCACUUCCGUCACUUGCAUCGCGGCUCUGCCCAUGACACCAUGCUCUGCUGAGGAUGCUGCAUGGGAAGGAGCUGAAAUUCUCAAGGAGAAAAUUGUUUUCGUUGUCUCAUGUGCCAGUCGUGAGGUCUAUUAUAUCACACUGCCUUUGACCCCGCCUUCACCAAGAAGCAAAGCUCGGGAUGAUCUCAGGGAAAACCUCCUCGCAUCAAAGGCCGGGAAUGGUAAAUGGGGCGAGACAUUGACGCUGCUCAAUGGCCAACAAAAGCCAAGCGAUGGUCUGGCGAUCACGCUUAUCAAGCCCAAGGUUUUGUCGGAACGCAGCAAAUCCAACGAGCGCUCGAGAUCGACUGGAAGAGCAGCUCCACGCGCGGUCGUUGCCGCUCACACUGCAGAAGGCUCUGGCAUGUUACGUUUGUGGGAUGUACCCCUGGAGAAGCCUGCCAAGGAUCGUCCGAUAGAGCCUUUUCAGACCGAGAUUUUACCCAACCCUCUCAAGGGAAUUGCCUUCAACCCUACACACUCCACUCAGUUGCUCUGCAACGCCUCACCCCACGCAGUCCGGAUAUAUGAUUAUGCUCAAGCCUCAAUGGCCCCAGAUGACCUGUCAGAGGGCCCCUUUCCUUCACAAGGCUCUUGGCUGAUUUCACUCUACCCGCCAUUUGCGCGACCCACGGCGUCUAGAAAGGCAAUACUAGCCGCCUCGUGGAUCGCUCAUGGCAGAGCUGUGCUGGUCCUUUUGAUGGAUGGCCAAUGGGGUAUCUGGGAUAUUGACGGUGUCUCGCCCCAUGGUCCAGCACUAUUUGGCAAGGCGGGGUCAGGCAUCAAGGGUGCGGCUCUGACCUCAUUCAGCGCUUCAGGCCAUAUUGAGGGGACAAGCCCCCUCCGCAGCUUCGGAUCCCAGAGGGCUUCGGCCGUAAGUAGCGAUUUCGUUCCGAUGACUCCUCACUCGCGUCGCGAAGCACCAAUCAGCGUAUCAGGACCUGAGCGCAUGUCCACUGUACAGGGUGGAAUCCUCGUGACGCCGCUUCCUGCGCGGGCUACUACAACUUCUGAUGAAAGUGCCGUGCUGUGGAUUGGCGGAGCAGAGCACGUUGUUGUGAUACCCGGAGUCCUUAAAUUCUGGGAAGCUCAACUGCGCAAGGGUGUUGGUGGUGGUGUCAACCUCUUCAGCGGAGCUCAGCCGACCAGAAUGAUCAAGCUGACUGAUCUCGUUGUCGGCUUGAUGGGAGAACGCUGUGUUGGUGUGGGUGCGAUUCCCAAGGCGGAUACUGGCGAAAGUUCUAACAAUGAGGGUCUUCCGAUCGAGGUUAUCAUAUCCGGAGAAAGUCGACUUGUUGUGGUGCGCGAAAGCGAGACUGCUGUUGGUACGCGAAUUGGAGGCGUUAAGGGAAGCUUCCACAGGAAGCUCAGCCAAGGGGCAAGGAGCACUGGUGCAGUCACUGCUUACCCGCAACCAGCACUGCCUCCGAGCAAGGAGUACAAUCUCUCGGUCAGGAAAAGAGGCACUCUCGGACGACCUCCUAUCCAGACGGGGCAAUCUGCGGAUACGGUAUUGCCAACAACCGAGACUCCCGACUUUACGCCAUCUUCGUUCUCGGGCUUUGAUCUUGCAAAGAACCUGAACACUGCUGCCGAUGCCAUGGAGGUUGACAACCAAGAGGAGCGAGACUUUGAGCAGGAGCUGGAAACGGACAUGCUGGGCUUGAUGGAUAUCGAGCAAACUCUCGAUUCGAUGGAAGACGACAGGGGAAGGGGUCGGAAAAAGGUCAACUUUGAGGUUUAG